AUGAAACUCAUCGGAGCGAUUGAUCAGGGUACUUCAAGCACACGAUUUCUGGUCUUUGAUUUUGAUUCCUGGAAUAUUGUUGCUAGUCAUCAGGUAGAAAUCAAACAAAUUUUUCCGCAUCCAGAAUGGGUAGAAAUAAACCCAAACGAGAUUGUAGAAACCGUUAUGGAUUGUAUCGGUAUUGUUAUGGAAAAGUUAGGUCAAGUUAGUAAUGGAUGUGUAAAGCCACUCACGGUUGGAAUUGCUAAUCAAAGAGAGACAACUGUUGUUUGGGAUCGCGAAACUGGUAAAGCAUUAUAUAAUGCGAUCGUCUGGCUUGAUAGCCGUACCUCCGAAAAUUCUAAGCAUUUCAUAAGCAAGACACCUAGCAAGUCAAAAGAUCACUUUAGAAAAACAACUGGACUUCCGAUUCACCCAUAUUUCAGUGCACUGAAACUGAGAUGGUUAUUUGACAAUGUUGAAGCCGUUAAGGCUGCUAGAGAAAAAGGAACAUUGAUGUUUGGCAAUGUAGACACAUGGUUAAUGUGGAAUUUAACUGGCAAGCAUGUCACUGACGUUUCCAAUGCGAGUAGAACUCUGUUAUUUGAUUUAAGAAAAGCUACUUGGUCUACCGAAAUGUGCGAUUUCUUCGGCAUACCAUUGGAAAUACUCCCUAAAAUUUGCUCUUCCGCAGAGGUGUAUGGUCACAUAAAUUCAGGUCCUUUAAAAGGAGUGCCUGUUUCUGGAAUCUUGGGAGAUCAACAAGCUGCCUUAGUUGGACAUGGCUGCUUAAAAGCUGGUGACAUUAAGAACACCUAUGGUACCGGAACUUUCAUGCUCUGCAAUGUGGGAGAUCAGGUUGUCUUUAGUGAACACGGGUUACUGUCAACUGUAGCAUUCCAGAUGGGAAAAGACGCUAAAAUUUAUUAUGCACUUGAAGGGUCCGGAUCUAUUGGAGGUAAUGUGAUUCGAUUCCUGCGAGACAAUCUACAGUUUUUUAAAAACGCAUCUGACUGCGAACAGUCAGCGACUUCCGUUGAAAGUACUGAGGGUGUUGUUUUUGUCCCUUCGUUCACAGGUCUCUAUUCACCAUACUGGGAUAGCACAGCCAGGGGCGCACUUUACGGAUUGACUCAAUUCACCAAAAAGUCCCAUAUAACUAGAGCUGCUUUGGAAGCCGUUUGUUACCAGUCUGCUGACAUACUGGAUGCUGUCGUAAAGGACCUGCCGGAUGGGUGUAAAGUUCGAAUUUUUAGGGUCGAUGGAGGGAUGACAAAAAAUGUGUUCUUCAAUCAGACGCAAAGCGAUAUAAUUGGGAGAGAUGUUAUCGUUUCUAGGCUCCUUGAAACCACUGCUUUAGGUGCUGCGAUGGCGGCUGCAAUUGGCAUUAGUGAUGUCACCGAUCUGUCAAUAUAUUCACCUAGGACGGAUGAGAAGACUAGGGAUAAGAAGCUUAAAACUUGGAGAGAUGCAGUCCAAAGGUCAAGAAACUGGGAGAUAGGAGAUGAUGCGUGA